GGAGCCCGGACACAGUGGCUGCCGGAACCAACGGAACCCGAGCGGCUCUCGGUCUCCACGUUCCAGAGGCAGCAGUUCCACGUCACUGUGUCCGGGUAGCGGCGCUGCGAUCCCCACUCUGACCGACAUCAUGGGCUCCAAGAGCGGCUCCCCUUGCCUCCCCCGAUCGCCUCUCCUUGCCCUCACGGGAUCUCCUGUGGCAAUGCCAGCUGGGUAUCGGUCUCUGGCUGCCGCGGCUCCUGCAGGAGGUUCCAAGCUUACUCACCCGGGGAAAGCCAUCCUGGCAGGUGGCAUUGCCGGCGGGAUAGAAAUCUGCAUCACAUUCCCUACAGAAUAUGUCAAGACACAGCUACAGCUUGACGAGAAGGCGAAUCCCCCACGGUAUCGAGGCAUAUGGGACUGUGUGAGGCAAACGGUGGAGGGCCAUGGAGUGAAAGGUCUGUAUCGGGGUCUUAGUUCCUUGCUGUAUGGAUCCAUCCCCAAAGCAGCUGUUAGGUUUGGAAUGUUUGAGUUUCUAAGCAAUCGGAUGCGGGAUGCUAAUGGAAAGCUGGACAGUAAGCGCAGUUUGCUGUGUGGUCUGGGGGCAGGUGUGGCCGAAGCUGUAGUUGUGGUCUGUCCCAUGGAAACCAUUAAGGUGAAAUUUAUUCAUGAUCAGUGCUCCCCCAAUCCUAAAUACAGAGGUUUCUUCCAUGGUGUACGAGAGAUCAUUAGAGUCCAAGGUAUAAAGGGGACCUAUCAGGGUUUGACAGCCACUGUGCUCAAGCAGGGAUCCAACCAAGCUAUUCGCUUUUUUGUUAUGACAUCUUUAAGGAAUUGGUACAGAGGGGACGACCCUAACAAACCAAUGAACCCAUUAGUGACUGGCGCCUUUGGAGCCAUUGCUGGUGCUGCUAGUGUGUUUGGCAACACCCCAUUAGAUGUAGUAAAGACCAGGAUGCAGGGUCUGGAAGCCCACAAAUACAAGAGCACUUGGGACUGUGCCUAUAAAAUCCUUAAAUAUGAAGGACCCAGAGCGUUCUAUAAGGGUACAAUACCCCGCCUUGGACGUGUCUGUCUAGAUGUUGCCAUAGUCUUCAUCAUUUAUGAUGAGGUAGUCAAAGUCCUGAACAAGGUGUGGAAGACGGACUGAGAUGCGCCAUUGGUGAUGCACUAAACAGACUUGGACAACUGGGAGCUGUUCCAGGCUCUCUUGGGUGCCAAAGGUUCCAGUCAGACACUGCUAUGAACCCCUUAUCCUUCCGGUACCUAACUGGUUCAAUCCCUCCCAGCCCUAAGAACUUAUAUUCCUUAAAUAUUUACAUUUACAUUCACACAUUUCCACUGCUUGUUACACAGCCAAGCAACUGCUUCAGCAAAAUAGAAUGUUGCGAUUUUCCUCUGCAGUGUGGGAGAUAACUGGUUAACGUCUGGUGCACUGCGUCCUUGCACCCCGGGGUUUCAUUUUAAAUUCCCUUUGGUUUUUAUGGAUUUUUAUUUUAAUUUUUUUUUUAAUGUUUAUAACUUUAUAUCAUCUCUUAAUUCCCCCAUGUAAAUAAUCAUUAAGAUCUUUAUUAAGCAUUUUUUUUUAAUGAGACAGGGUUGUUUGGUGACAAAUUGCAAUAUUGGCUUAGACAGCAUGUUUUGCUUUUUUCAGCAUGAGGUUUACAGCUAAACCACAGCUCCCUUACUGGGAGUGCAGAGGUUAAAAUGUUUUUCAUGUAAACGUGAAGGUAACUGGAUUGGUGUUACUGCAGUCUUUAAAUUAGAGGAACAUACUCUGCCUUUAACUUAUCCCUGUUGGGAAUUCUAGACUUUAUUUCUUAUGUACCACUCCCUGGUGGUAUUUCUACUGUGCCAAACUUUGCUUUAAGUACUUCGUUGUUAUGACUCCAAAUCUGUGCCAAAAUAUCAGCCCAAAGCUCAAAUUUACUAUUGGAGUCUCCAGCGCAUCUGAACUUCCCCCUGCAGGGGGCAGAACUGGGUAUCUGUUCAUAAACACUUUUAACAUUGUUGUCUUAAAUAUACAAUAUUGCCAUUUAUUUACAGUUCUUAUUGUUUAUCACUGAUGUUUUUGGAGCUCUAAUUCAAAUUCAUGAAGGCUUUACUAUCCCCCCCCCCCCCCUCCCCGAUAAAAUAAAACUCUCUGAAGUUUUACUUUUUUGCUAAUGACCAUAUGAGUCGGUGACCCAGCACACUGACUUCUUGCUGUUAGAUUGAGAAGGCUGUGGUAGGGUCAAACACAUAACAGAACACUUAGGCUGGUGGAGCCAAAGAAAGAAGAAUUAUUUGAUUUAAUUCUAUUGUAUUAUUUUUGCAUAAGGUGAGUCUUGUCUGCGGCCCUGCAGCUGUUGUGGCAUUGCAAAUAGUAGCGUGCCUCAGGGCUGAUGUUUCUUCAAAAUACUUCUUUCCAUCUGGGGGGAAUUACUAAAAACCUAUAUAGAAAAUGUGUUACUUCAACCAUAAGAGCCAUAGCAAGCCAGAUAAAAGGAGUUCUAUAAAUGAUCAUUCAGCAUUUGUAUCUGGAAUCCAUUCCAUUGCUUUAUGACUGUAGUACUCAAUAGAGGCAGAAACUCAGUAUCACAUUUACACUGACAAAUCACUUAUUGUUAUUUAUACCGUUUACAACAGGAAUGAGGCUGGUCCUUUGGCCUAAUAGGUAUUAACUUUCAGGCAGGGAAAUUCAUUGAGUAAAACUUAUUGCCAAAGGUUAUUCUACACAUGGAUCCAGAUUAUUCACAUAUUACUACUAAUUAUUGUGGUUGUUAGGGGUUAAUACUUCAGAUAUAUAACCAUCUAGUCAUUAUUACUUGCACAAUGUGGUUGUUUUAUUGACCAAACUGUGGUGAAAAGAUGAGUGUUACAAUAGACUGUCCAUAACCUGAAAUACCAGCUGGAAGAACAAGAAGCAUGUACAUUCAGUACAACAGUAUACUGAGCAACUGAUAUUUGCUGGAAUAGACUCCUAAGUUCCUAAAUGAUGUAAUGGAACUUUCCAGCUUUUCAUCAUUUUGCUCACAAUUUCCCUGUAUUGCCAAAAAACUUGAAACUGGCCAUUCAGUGGCAGAUUUGGCUGAGCAGCAAUAAGGCAUAACCCUCUUGGCAUAUAUAUUGGCUUGGGGGGCAAUUUUCGCAGAUUAUCCUAUUGGAUCACAGUUCUGCCCAGACUUUAAAUUUCAUCUGCUGAUGCCCCUGGUGGGUUGCUGCAUGCUACACUGACAUGGAAGUGGAGUCGCAACAUCUCUUCACUUCCUGCAGAUCUGACCACUUGGAGCAACAGAUCAAAAGCAUUUGGCCUUUCCUGUCUAUGGCCAGUUGUACUUUAUCUGCCAGUCAGGUACCCUGCAAGGUCAGCCAGUGCAUGCCCAACUUUGGAGUAAACUAACCUGGCUAGAAAAACCCCACAUGGGUUUACUUGAAGGUUAUCUGUUAUCCCUUCUGGCUGCAUACCUCACACACAUCUACAGCACCUGUACCCCCCCCCCCCCCCCGCACACAUAUAGAAAUUAAAGGACAUGUAAAGCCUACAUUUGCCUACAAUUUAUAUCAGUUGGGCAUGUCUCCCCCACCCAAAUGGCAUCAUUUGUACUGCAUAUAUCCCCUCCGUUUGCCAGCACCAUCACAUUUUCCUAAAGCAAAUAGCAGCUUUUGCCCGGUGGCCAUUUGUCCUCUGAAACAUAACACACACCGUGCUUACAACAACUGAGGAUGCCCACAAACAACAGCCAAAGCAAAUUCCUGAGGGUGGGGGCUGAGUGGGUUACAGGAGGAGAAGGAAAUCUAAGUGAUUAAGGGGAUGUUGCAGCCUUACUAUUAAUCUCCGGGCAGCCUUACUAUUAAUCUCCGGGCAGCCUUACUAUUAAUCUCCGGGCAGCCUUACUAUUAAUCUCCGGGCAGCCAGUGUGGCAGGUAUUGAAAGAUUUCAAAGAGGCUGUUCACUGAUUACAUUUUUGGGUGCGGGGUUUCCAUGUACUUUAAAGAAAUGUGUAUGCAGUCUCAGGAAUAAAUGAUCCCCCUUAUAUUACAGACUGUUGACCGCAAUGAAUUGUCCUGUAUUGCAGCCACAGAUAAAAAAUACAUACAUCAAACUAUUAAAAAAAUUCCAAGGUUCAAUGUACUAUUCUACAUCUUUUAAAACAGAUUUAAUGCAUUUUAAAAGGGGCCAUAUAUUAAAGGGGAUGUACUUUCCAACUUUAGUCCUGCUGUCUAGACAUUUGCUUUUAUUCGUUGAAUUGCACUAUAAUGAUCCAAGCUGCGCUUUCUAAGUAUCCAUAUCUGAUGUGCAGGGCAGCCAGGGUGAAAUAAAAUAGUAUGUGGCCCUCUUAUUCCAGUGAAGUUUUAUUAGUUCACAUGGGAACCAAAAAAGAUUUUUAUAGCAGCCUUCUAAUAUGUAUCUGACUUUAAUGGGAAAAGAUUCAGGUAACUUUUGCACCAGUAGCCAGAAUCUAUUAAUAGGGAAUUAAAUAAAAGUUUGCCUAGGUGCAGUCACACAUAGCAACCAAUAAGAUGCUUGCUUUAAAGCUAGUGACCAGUAAAUGCUACCUGCUGACUGGUUUCUAUAGGUUAUUAGACCUUUAGUUAACCUUGCACCAUUUAUUACAUUACCCUGUAGCCUUCAUUAAAUUGUAUGUACUCAAAUCAGAUUGGUUGGCAGGAUAACCAGCCAAGGAUUUUCAGUUGCCAUGCAGCAUUUUCCAAUGAGUUUAUUCACAGCAGUUACUAACUGUAGAUUUGUACCUAAACGGAAGACAAAUACUGAAUCAUAAAAAAUAUGAAUUCCGACUAUAAACCCAUUAGUACUGAUCCACAUGAAGGAAUAGGACCAAUUACUACAUGCCAUGGUGUGUGGUGGAAAGGAUAGGAACACACCACAAAACAACUGCAGUAAAGAAAGCUCUUGAGUGUAGGAGGUAGGUAAGAGGGGCCCCUGGAAAUGCAGGAAUGCUGGGGUCCCUAUUUGAUGCAUGGGGAAAUGAAUCCGAAAUGACCAGCCCAAUACUCCCCUAUGUUAAACUACAGCUCCCAAAUCCUACUGGAAGUCUAGGAUGCUGGAAGAUGCAGUUCAAUAACACCUACAGGAGGAAGGAUGGGUUGAGAUCAACAUGCUGGUUAGAAUUCCGUAUGUGAGUAAUUGUAUGAAACUGUCACAAAUCUACUGUUUUAUAGAGCAAAAAAAAGCCCAUUUUGCAGCAGUUUUUCUCAAUGUUUAAUUUGGUCACAAUUGUGAGGACGCAUGUACAUUUUAGUACUGUGACUUUUCAUACAUUACAAAUUACGCAAGGGACCAAAAAGGGAUCCUUUCCCCUUUUUGACACAUUUCUGAACAUUCUAUACACUGCAGUGGGAAACUCCAACCCAUUCCAGAAGAGAUGGCCUAUUCUUGGGCCAGAACCCACCCAACCUGUGGGUUUUGUACCUGACCACAUGCCUUACAUUGCUACUAGGAUUGUUUAGUUACCCUGUUUAUAUUGUUAUAAUACUGGAAUUGUCAGACUGUUAAAUUGUUUUCAAACAUGUUCUAAAGAAACAAACCAGUAGAGGGCGAUAGUGCUAGUGUUUGGCUAUCCCUUUAAAGGCCAAAAAAACCUGUGUUUUUAUUAAAUAAGUAGUAAAACCCAGAUGUAAAUGUUUGUAAAAUGAAAACAAUGCCCCUUGGUAUCUCUGCAUUGCUGGUCCUGUCUAUCUGUAUUAUUUAAAGAAUGCAGCAGUUAUCUUCACUCAGGCAAAGACUGCAAUUCCCACAAGGCCUUGCAUGUUCCGCAAGUAACAGAUCUGCAAAAAAGGUGAAUCACAGAAGUACGCAAGGCAUUUUGGGAACUGGAGACCAGCAGCAUAGAGAUUUACCUUUUUAAUAAAUAUAUAUUGCAGAAUUCCUUAGAAUUUUAUUUGCUUCGAAUAUAGAAUACUUUAUGCUUGGGUUUACUUACUCAAACAUACUUCGAAAAACAAUUAAUUUUUAUGUGUUCGUGUAUUUUUGGUGCAUUUACCCAUAUGACUGUCUUUGUACUGUGCAAUAUAAACAAGUCACACAGAUGUAUUCUCUAGAACAGGGGUCCCUAACCUUUCUUACUUGUGAGCCAUAGUCAAAUGGAAAAAGCAUCAUAAAAGUUCAAAUAGUAAAUCUUGUUUUUAUUCAACCAAAACUUGCCCCCAAGUCAGGAAUUCAAAAAUAACUACCUGGUUUGGGGACACUGAGAGCAACAUCCAAAGGGGUUGGGGAGCAACAUGUUGCUCAUGAGCCACUGGUUGGGGAUCACUGCUCUAGAACCUCUAUUGCCAGCAUGUAGCCGGCUCCUAUAAAUGAGUAGUUGAAACAGGAACCUAGUAAAUAGUGCUGUGGAUUCUGACAUAUUGUGAACAUAGUGGUUGUAUCUCUCAUUGUGAAGAGAUGACCACAGAAUGAAAGUGCUACCUGCAUCGGCUGGACAUACUGUAGGUAAUGCUUAUAUCAUUUCUGUCCGAUACAGGCACUAUGUAUGUCUGAUGCUCCUUCUUUAUUCCUCAGUUGUUACAGCUACUACACUCAGCCCCAAUGGGGCUGUUUUGAAUCUUGAUAUAUGUUACAUCUGCUACUUGAAUGUUUAAAUGUUUACAGUUUUAGUACUGUACCUGCUAUGUAAUUUGAUUUGCCUUUUCAAUGCAAAAGCCUUUGGCACAACAAUUGAUUGUCAGGUGUUUUUCGCUGAAGGACACCCGAGCAAACGCAGGGAGAACAUAAAGACGUCAUGCAGAUGGCACCCUGCUUAAUCUCAAGACUAAACACUCAGCCAGUAUGAUAAUGGCAAUAGUUAUCUGCCUAUUUUACACUGUUUGUAUGCACACUAAGCAGUGAGUGCAGGAAAUGUGCCUAAUGUUCCUGUAUCUUGAAACAUGAGCACAGCGCUGAAAAGGAUCUCUAGAUGUUUAGAAUGUUGCUCGGUGUGCACCUCUCAUUUAUUGUUGGUGACUGGGGGCUGCAGCUCGGAGGGUGGCUUUUGCUGAUGGCAUAUAUUGCUGCUGUGCUCACCCUAGGUAUAAGGAGUCCCUGCUUAACUUCCAGAAGCCUAGUUGACAGAUUUUUUUGUUAGUUUAUAUAAUCAUACACAGGAUUUCCCUUAUCUGCUACAGGAAGCUAUUUACUCCGGGCUUGCCCAGCUUGCCAGGGUGCUGUGAACUCCAGAGCAACCAUCACAAAUCCAUUUCUUCACUCAAGUCCUGCUUAUGUGUAUAAAUGUACCAUAAACAAUAGUCCAAAAUAGGAAAAUUCGAAAUAAAAAAACAAAUCGGGACAGUUUAUCUGGUAUUAUAAGUAUUAUGAAAUAUACUUAUUUUAUACUAUUUAAAACAAGAAACUAGCAUAAUAAAGGGGUGGUUCACCUUUACAUUUACUUUGAAUAUGUUAUAGAAUAUCUUAUUCCUAGCAACUUUGGUCUUCAUUAUUUAUUUUUUUUAUAGUUUUUGAAUUAUUAGCUUUUCUCUUCUACAUUUUUUCCAGCUUUCAAAUGGAAUAUUGCUCUGUGAGCUUACAAUUAUUAUUGUUAGUUUUUAUUCCUUAUCUUCAGGUCCUGAAUUCAUAUUCCAGUUUCUCAUUCAAACUGCUGCCAGCUUGCUAAGGUAAACAAGACCCUAGCAACCAGAUAGCUUCUAAAAUUCCAAACUGGAGAGUUGCUGAACAAAAAGCGAAAUAACUGAAAAGCUACAGAUAAUAAAAAAAUGAGAACCGGUUGCAAAUUGUCUUAGAAUAUCAUUGUCUACAUCAAACUAAAAGUUAAUUUAAAGGUGAACAACCCUUGUAAGUAUAUCUAUGUAUAUUAAUACAGCAAAAAUUAAGCCAGUAUUAAUAAUUCUAUAAUGUGGAAACACAGUCUUAUAUGCUUAAAUAUGCAACAGAGUGCUGUGGACUCACACUAUUGCACAAUAGUGCCUGUAUUUCUAUACAAAUGUUUACUAUUGGUGUUAAAGGCUUCUCUGUACUGCCAAGUGCUUUAUUUGAUCUGACAAUAUACUCAAUAUACUGAGGGUGUACAUAGUCACCAAAUACCCUUUUUGUCCUUGUUCUAUGUCAUUUUCUUGUAAGUCUGUAUUAAAAUGGGACUAUGUAAAAACA